AUGGAACAGUCAUCUCUGUCCGUUCCGGCUCUGGAUAGAUCCUCGGCCGAUACAACAGAUGCGUCCCCGGCAGGGCUUAUCCAGAUUCUGACUUUUGCGUGCAUUCCUGGUGCAGCUGACUCGGAUUCUACGUUUUGGCAUGUCAAGGAUUCGGAGCUGAAUGGGGCGGCGUACGUCCAGUGGAAAGUCACCACGACCGACGAUGGGAAAUAA